CAGGGUGACGCUGUCCAUGGUGGCAGCACCAGGGCAGGUGGCGGCGCUUGUGCCGUCAGUGCCACCCUGGCUGUGCCCACAGGAGCCGACCUGGAUGCAGGACGAGGAUGAGGAGCUGUGGCCCGAGUUCCCUGCCAACAGCCCCACGUCCCCCCUGUCCCCCACAACCCCCCUGUCCCCAACAUCCCCCCUGUCCCCCACAUCCCCUACGUCCCCCACAUCCCCUAUGUCCCCCACGUCUCCCACAUCUCCCACGUCUCCCACAUCCCCCACAGCUGGCACCACUGAGGGCUUGGGGGACAGCGAGAGGGGUGCUCCAACGGGGGGGCCGCGAAGCAAGGUGUCCCCUGGGCCAGCAGGGCAGAGGCCAAGGCUGGAGGGGGCCAUGGGGCGGCCACGUUCGAGCACCAGGGCUCACGGGCGCAGUGCCAUCCUGGAGAAGUUCGGAGGGGCAGCCACGGGGCCAGCCCCACACCUGAAGAGGGCAGGGGGCACGGCCACGGUGAAGGCGAUGCUGCUGGAGUGGUGCCGCGCCAGGACCCGCGGCUACGAGCACGUGGACGUGCAGAACUUCUCGGGGAGCUGGGGCAGCGGCCUGGCCUUCUGCGCGCUCCUGCACAGCUUCUUCCCCGACGCCUUCGACUACGGCAGCCUGGAGCCGGGUGCGCGGCGCCACAACUUCACCGUGGCCUUCGCCACCGCCGAGGAGCGGGCGGGCUGCGCCCCGCUGCUGGACGUGGAGGACAUGGUGCGAAUGGCGGUGCCCGACGCCAAGUGCGUCUACACGUACCUGCAGGAGCUGUACCGCUGCCUCGUGGCCAAGGGGCUCGUGAAGACCAAGAAGCGCUGAGCGGAGCCCCCGCACCCCCCCCCGGGACCCCCCUCUGCUGCGGUCCCACCAGUAAAGGCUGUGGUGAUGGA